AUGACCUCUGGAAACUGGAGCCGCGUGACAGAGUUCCUCAUUCUGGGCUUCCCGCAGUUGCAGGGCGUUCAAGUGUACUUGUUUCUGCUACUACUACUCAUCUACCUCACCACCAUAGCUGGCAACCUGCUCAUUUUCCUGGUGGUCCGCCUGGAUUCCAGGCUGCACACUCCCAUGUACCAUUUUGUCAGCGUGCUCUCAUUGCUUGAGCUUGGCUACACUGCAGCCACCAUUCCCAAGAUGUUGGCCAACCUGCUCAGUGAGAGAAAAACCAUCUCCUUCUCAGGCUGCCUCCUGCAGAUCUACUUCUUCCACUCACUAGGUGCCACUGAGUGCUACCUGCUCACCGCCAUGGCCUAUGACCGCUACCUGGCCAUCUGCAGGCCCUUGCACUACCCCACACUCAUGACAGCAGAGCGCUGUGCCAGAAUUGCUGCCUGCUGCUGGCUAGGAGGCCUGGCAGGACCGGUGGUGGAAAUCUCCCUGGUGUCCCGCCUCCCUUUCUGUGGCCCCAACCGCAUCCACCACAUCUUCUGCGACUUCCCUCCUGUGCUGAGUCUGGCCUGCACUGACACAUCUAUCAAUGUGUUGGUGGACUUCGUGGUUAACUCCUGCAAGAUUCUGGCAACGUUCCUGCUGAUCCUGAGCUCUUAUGCACACAUCUUGCGCACAGUGCUGCGAAUGCCAUCGGCAGCUGGCCGUCGCAAGGCCUUCUCCACCUGCGCCUCUCACUUAACUGUAGUCUUCAUCUUCUACUCGAGCAUCCUCUUCAUGUACGUGCGCCUCAAGAAGAGCUACUCGCUGGACUAUGACCGUGCGCUGGCCGUGGUCUACUCUGUACUCACACCCUUCCUUAAUCCUUUCAUCUAUAGCCUGCGCAAUAAGGAGCUCAAGGAGGCUGUGAAGCGGCAAUUCAGGAGGAUGUGGGUGUCCAACUGA